AUGAAGAAAAAAAAAGUCAUAAAAUUAAAAGGAGAAUAUAUACCUAAAAGCAAUUAUUUUAGUAAAGAUGCAUUACUCACUAACAUUUUUACGCAAAACAAAGAAAACACAAUUUCAGAUAUAGAAUCAAAAGAUUCCCAACUAAUUGUUAAUUGUAUUAACAAAUUACUGAAAAAGAAUCUUCAAACCAAACUAAAAGCUUUAAAUGAAUUAAGUUCUCUUCUCAGUAAUCAGGAUGAAUCUACAAUUAGUCAUUUAUUUUCUUCAUUUUUAAGUGUUUAUACAAAAUUAAUAUAUCAUACUAAUUAUAAUUUAAGAGAAAAUUUAAAUUUGUGUCUAAAGUUAUUUAUAGAAAAAAUCAAAACAAAAAUUAAAAAACAUUUGAGUGUAUUCUUGCCGCAUUUAUUUAUUUCACUUUUUGAUUUCAGUAAAAAUGUGAGGAAUAUUUCUAGUGAAAUACUUUCUGUUAUAUUUCCAUUAAAGGAUAAUUCUGAAAAUAAACAAGAAAAGAAAGAUAAAAAUAAAAUAGACAAGUUAAAAUUGUAUGAUGGACAUAAAUUAUAUUUAAACAUAAAAAAAUUAAAUGUGAAUAUCAUUAAUUUUUAUAAUUGUUUGAAAUAUAUAAAGAAUGAUUUGAAUGAAGCAAUUGUAUCAAAUUUAAAAAUUAUAAAAAAUGAUGAAGAUUUUGAUAUUAAUGUGUAUCUAUUUAAUACUCUUUGCUUUUUUCCUUCUUUUAUUUACAUAAUUAUAAAAUUUUCUAAAUUAAAUAGCAAAUUAGAAACAGAAAUAGGAGAAUCAUUAGAGGAAAGCAGUAAAGAAAUAAUUAAAGAAAAUAUUAAGAAAGAAUUUUAUAAUUUCGAGAAAACAUUUAAUCAUUUUUUUUGUUUAUUAAAUUCUAUAUAUAAAGAAAAUAAAGACAAUGUAAGGUUAAAAAAAACGUUAUAUUUAUCUAUAUUUAAUAUCAUUUAUUUAUUAAAGAAAAACAAAAUUAAUUACAUUGAUUUUAAUUAUAACGAGGGUAAUUCUUCAAUUUUUAAUUAUAUUUGUUGUAUAAUAAAUAGUAAAGAUGAAUAUAUUUUAAAAAAUAUAAACCAUUUAUUAUUAUUGUUUUUUUUUUCUGACAACAAAAAGUUAAUCAAUGAAAAUUUUCUUAGAAGCUAUCUAUCUCUAAUUAAACAAAAUAAAAUUUAUGGAGUAGAUUCAUUUAAUUUUAAUAUGUCAUUGUUUAUAUUCAUAUUUGAAAAGAAAGAUAUAAAAGAAAAUUUCUUUUUCUUUUAUUUUCUUUUCUAUUUUUUAUUAUUAAACCAAAGAAAUUCAUCAAUAAAUAAUUAUUAUGAUAUACUACUUCAUUUAUUUGAUUAUUUUGAUUUUAUUACAAGAGAUACUAAGAAAGAAUACUUAUUUAGGGAAAUUACAGAAAAAUCUGAAGAAAAUAUAAGUAAAAUAAAUGUCAACAAAGAAACAAAAAUGGAGAUAAAUAUCGGUACAGAAGAAAAAAAUAAAAAUGAAGUUGAGGAAGAAAAUAGUGGCAAGAAUUUUUUAACAGAGUAUGAGUGUUCAACUGUUUUAUGCGAAAAUAUUUUGCUCUUACCUUUCGAAACUUUUUUUAUUCAAAAUAAAUUACAAAAUUGUAAUUUUUGUUUUAAAAACGAAAUUUUAUGUGAGACUCUUUCUAAUAUAUAUUACUGUCAUAGAAAGAAGUUAAAGAAAAAAGAAGCAAAAGAAAAAAAUAAAUUUGAAGAUUUAAGAAGAAAGUUGUUUGAUGGAAAUAUAGAGGAAAACAAUCUUUUAUCCACUUAUGUUAGUUUUAUUAAAUCAUCAAAAAAUAAAAAUGAAAUAAUUAGAUAUACUUUAGAUUUAUUAAAUACUUAUGUUAUUGAUAUAAAUAAUAAGUUGCAAAAUAAAUAUAAAAACAAUAAUGUAGUUAAUGAUGAUAGUAACCGUUUAUAUCAGCACAACAAUUACAAUGAUAUCAUAAAUUUUUUUUUUAAGUUUUUAUUAGAAUUAAAAUUUUUAAUAUUUUCGUUAAACGAAGAAAAUAAUGCUAUUACUAUAGAUAUAAAGACAUAUUUUAUUGAUAUAUUGAAGUUGAAUUUCGUUAAUUUAUUUAUUUUAAUAGAAUACAAAAAUUAUGAAUUCAUUGAAAUUUUAAAAAAUAAUUUUGAUUUAUUAGAAUUUCUUGCUCAGAAGAAAGAGGAAGAUAAUACAUUUCUCAUGAAUAAUAUUUUUGAUAUAUUCCAAAAUUUAUUAUCAAAGAAAGAAUUAAGUAAAGAAAUUUAUUUCAAUGCUUUAAAUAUUAGUUUAAAUUUAUUACUUUUGUUUUUUUUAAAUAAAAAUUGUUUAUUUGAUGAAUUAUCUAAUUCAUUUCUCAAGAUACUGCUUGAUGGAAAUUUAACUAAGGAAAACAUUGAAGGAAAAUUAAUAAUAUGCAUAGAAUUAAUUAAUUUUAUGAAAAAUAAAAAAAUAAAAUUACUUCAUUUAUCAGAGAUUAUAUUAAAAAUAUAUCAAUUUUAUAUCAGAUGCAAUUAUAAUAAUGAUUCACUAACUACCUUUUAUGAAUCUAUUUCUUUUUAUGAGAAAGAUAAUAUUUUAUUUGAUGGAAUGUUUUAUUUUGAUUUAUUUUAUAUAUAUCAAAAAAGAUUAAAGGAGAGUAAAAAAUUUCCUGAGAAUAAUUUUUGUAAUUUUUUCUUAAAAUUAUUUACAGAAAAUAUUUUAACAGAAUAUUUGAAGGAAAAUUAUGAAACUUUAAAUGAUAUAUACUUAUUUUUUUUAUUCACCAUUUAUUUAAUAAAUUAUAACUAUACUGAAAAUUUUGAUGAUCUAUUUUUAAAAUUAGAAAGACAGUCGUUAUAUUCUUAUAUGAAUUUAAUGCAAACAAUUUACAAAAGUUGCACAGAGGAAGAUUAUGUUAUAAAUAAACAAAUUUCAACUUCAUCUCAUCCAGAAGAAAUAAUAAAUGAACAUGAACAAGAUGAAACAAAUAAUUGUAAUAUUUUAAUUUAUAUUAAAAAUUCUAAGGUCAUUUUUAAAAUAAUUGAUAAAUAUAAUGACGAAACAUAUAAUAUAAAAAGAGAUGAUGAUGAUGAUAAUAAUAAUAAUAAUAAUACUAUUGAAAAUGAAGAAAUUCAAAUAAAUUUACUGAUGAAAAAGGAGGAUAUUAUGAGUUCAUUUUAUAUAUUAAAGUUAUUAUGCAUUUAUAAAAUAUAUUAUAAUAUAAAAAUUUUAACUUUUGAAAACUUAAAGACUUUUACAUUUUUCUGUUUUGACAUAGAACAACCUCAAAGUAAAUCAUUGAAAAAUGUUGAAAAUCAGACAAAUAUUCUAAUAAAUAAUGAAUUUGAUGAUUUCUUUAAUUUUAUUUAUUUAAAUAUUGAAUGCAAUAAAUUAUUUUUUUUUCUUAAAACAAUAAAAAAUGAAUUAAAAAAUAAAGAGAACAAUUUAAGUCUUUUUUUUGCAAUAUAUGACUAUAUUGAUAAUAAAGAAAUACAUAUAAAUGAAAAUAUCAACACUUUUGAUAUUAUAUAUGUUCUGAAGAGAAUAAAUAAAUAUAACAUUUUUAAAAUAUGUAAAAUGAUAUUGAAAGAAUGUAUUAAAAAGGAAAAAGACAUGCUACAAUUUGCAAAAGAACUAAAUAAUUUAAAAACAAAGAGCCUAUUCGAUUUAAAAGUUAAGAAUUUUUUAUUUAAAAUAUAUAUAAAAUAUAUAUUGGAUGAACAUAAAAAAGGUGAUAUAAAUGAAAAUGAUGAAAUAAAAAAUAAAGAGGAUAAAUAUACAGAAAUAAAUGAUGAUGCAGAUGAAAUAAAUGAUAUUAAUUAUGAAAAUAAUUUGCUUUUAUUGAAAAAAAAAUUUCCAGAAUUUUUUCAUUCAUACAUAGAUAAAAACUUCAAUUUAAAUAUAAAAAAUGAACUUUCUUAUUUAAACUUACUAUAUCAUUUAAUAUGUGUUAGUAAAAUUAAAAAUUUUAAUUUUUUUAAUUGCAGUAGUGUACAAAAGGUAUUAUUGGAAUCAACACAUUUAACAUUAAAUAAUUUUGAUGUUUUUUUUCAUUGUUUAUCAUUUAUAAAAAAUUAUAAUUUUUUCAAUAAUGACGAAAUUAUUUUGAGUAAUAUUUUUAAAAAUUAUUUAUCAUUUUUAAAAAUAUAUUAUAAGAAGAUAUAUGAAGAACAAACUUUUCUUUAUAAACAAAAAUGCAAAAUUUUUAGUGAUACAUUAAGUAAUAAUAUUAAAAAUUCUGAGAAAGUAGAAAAGAGAAGAAGUAAAAAAAAAAAAGAUAAAGAUAAAUUAUAUGCUAAAUGUGGAAUACAUUUUUUAAGUUUUGUAUAUAAUUUAAUAGAGAAAAAUAUAAUAAUUUUUAAUUUAUUAAAUAAUAAAAAUAUGAUACGAAGUAUAAUUAAAAUUAUAUACUUUGUUUUAUCAAUAGAUCACUGUUGCUCUAAUGAUAUAAAUAAAAAAUUAAAAAUUCUUUGCAUAAAAUUAAUAAAGAAAAUUUUCGACUAUGAUUUGCAAUAUUUCGAUUCAUUUUAUAAAAUAUAUUUUUUUUGUUUAAAAUCAAGCGUCUAUGAUUAUAAUGAAUAUUUUGUAAACAAAAUUUUUUUUACAAAGCUUUUUUCCACUUCCAAGAAUUUACAAAAAUUAAAAAAAAAAGUAUUGGAUAUUUAUAUUAAUACUUAUUAUUUAUUUAUAUUAUUUUCUAAUAUUGAGAAAUUUAGAAAUAAUAAGAUUUUUAUUCAUAAAACCUUCUCUAUUCUUUUAUUAAAUUGUGUACUAUUCAACGAAUUACAUAAAUUAAAAAAUUGUAAUUUAGAGCAUUUUAAUGUAAUUAGCUCGUAUUUAUGUAUAAAUAAAAGUAGUGAAAACUUAUUCUUAAAAUCUAUUAUUAAUAAAAAUAUUGAUUAUGAAAAAAAUGUUUUAAUUGAUAUUAAAAAUGAAAUUAGUGAAAGUGAAAUGAAUUAUGCCAAUACUACUACUAAUAAUAGUAAUUACAGCUUAGAUUAUAUUUCUAAUAAUGAUUCAAAUAUGAAUUCUAGUGUUGAUAGCUUUAUGAUUAGUGAAGAAGAAGAUAACUAUAUUAGCAGUAAAUUAAUAACUACGGAAAAUAAAGAAAAAAAUAACGAUAAAAUAAAUAUAUAUCUUAAUGAUAAUAACAAGAGUUGUAAUGCUAGACAAGAAGAGGAUGAAGCAAAUGCAUUUUCAAAUGAAAUUAACAUUGAACAUAUGGAUGCAUUUGAUAAAUUAAAUUAUAAAAAUAAUGAGAAAAUCAAUAAUAAGACAAAUGAAGAAAAUAAUAAUAAAAAUAAAUGUUGUUCACUUUAUUUUUUAAAAAAACAUUUAAAAAAUGUAUUUUUGCUUAUUGAUUUAAAUAAAAAUAUUUUAAAUUUAUAUUCAUUUCUGUUAAAUAAUAAUUAUUUAAAAGUACUAUUGUCAAUGCUAAACAUUUGUUUAUCAUCAGAAUAUUUUAUUUAUAACGCAGAUUUAUUUCAGCAUUUUUUGAUAUUUUUAGAAAGUAAUAACAUUAAUUUAUAUUAUUUUUUAAAUGAUUUAAAAAAAAUUGAUGAACUUGUAGAAACUAGUAGUAAUUUAAAAAAUAACAAAAAUGAGUUUUACAUAUUUUCUUUUUCUUUACACUUAAUUCUACUUCUAAUUACUAUAUAUACAAAUGAAUGCAUUAAUAUAAUUAAUGAAAAUAAAUUAUAUGAUAUAAUAUAUUUUAAUCAAUUAAUUUUUUCAAAUUUAAUAAUAAAUUAUCAAUUAAAUCAAUUGAAAAAUAUAUCCCACAAUCACAUAAAUACAACGUUUUCAUAUGAUCCUAAUUCAAAAACUUUAUAUUUUAAAUAUAAAAUAAAAGAGGAUGAAAAUGACGCCUUUGAAGAUAUUACAGCAAAAUUGACUUUGAAUUUUCUACCUAAUUAUCCAUUUUCUCAUUUAGUAAUUAGCGAUAAAAUAGAAUCACUAGAUAAGAAGGCUUACAUUCACAAUUCUAUUAAAAGUAUGUAUAAAUAUGCAAGAAAUGGUAACAUUAAUGAAAUAUUUAUUAAAUUUGAUAGUAUUAUGAAUAAUUAUUUUCAAAAUAAAUCACAGUGUAAUAUAUGCUUUAUGCUACUAUAUGAUAAAAAAACAUGUGAUAAAACUUGUUCUAAAUGCAACGCAUCUUAUCACAGUUAUUGUCUUCACAAAUGGUUUUUAACAUCUCACAAUACAAAAUGCCCAUCAUGUCAAAUGCAAUUUAAUUCUUGA